GCCAAGGGACGAGUGGGGCCUUCUCCGCUUAUUUGGAAUUAGAAAGAGCCACUUGUUGGGGUUUGGUGUUGUCUUCUUUAAAUUGUUUGUGUUAUUUGGAGAACUUAGCACUACCCUAUUGUGAUCUUGGUGAAGGUGAUAUCCCCCAUGAUAUCGGGGAUAACUUGUCCUCUUUACGAAUGUUAGAUCUUCGUGGAAACAAUUUUAUUACCCUUCCAGCAAGCAUCAAAUGCCUUUCUCGACUUGUGUCUCUUCGGUUGAAUGGGUGCCAAAGACUUGAGCAACUGCCAGAACUUCCGUCAAAUAGCAAAUUACACGUAAUCGUAGAUAAUUGUACCUCCUUGAAAAGGUUGUCGGAUCCCUCGAAGUUGAGCAGCAGAUUUGCCAAUAUUUAUGAUUUUACUUUCAGUUCUCUGAAUUGCAUUACAUUGGUUGAAGAUGAAGACUGGAUGAAUACAAUAUGUUCAAGGAUCGUGAAAUUCGCCAGUAAGGGAAUCUGUCGUUCUUUGGAUCAUAAUUACAUUGUAUGCCCCGGAAAGGGGAUUCCCGAGUGGUUCAACAAUCAAACUGUGGGACAUUCGCUAAACGUGAAGCUACCUCCUCAAUCAUGUAGCAGCUGGAUGGGAAUUGCUUUUUGCGUUGUUUUUGCUAAGAAAAACUAUCCUUAUUAUAGUUUCGAAAUUAAGUGUUUGCCUGGGAUUUCAUGUUGCAUUUCUGCAACAGAGCAUAUGGUGUCAGAACACCUUUGCAUAUUUUAUUUGUCUCGAGAACAAUGUCAGGAACAGUUUUCAUUUGAAACAUGUUAUCUAUUUGGAGGAAAUGAACCAAAUAUGGUGAAAAUGUGUGGGGCUCGUUUGGUGUACAAGCAAGAUUUGGAAGAGCUCAACCGAACAUUGAAAAUCUUGAAGCGAUCGCAUGGAUAUUGGGAAGAAGCAGCUUCAAGUGAAAGUGGUAGUUUUGAUGACCAAGAACAAGCUCACAAAAGGCAGAAGGAAGAAUAA